CUGCUCCCUCAGCAUUGGCUGACGCUCCGCACCUUUGAUUUUGAUUCAGGUCAGUCGGAUGAUGUUUUGAAGCACGAACAACCCGAACCCUUCACGAGGGUUAUUAUAAAAGGUAUCGUGGUUUAUCGUCCUAGUCAGAGGAUUAUUCUCGCAUCAACAAACGAAGUCGAAGCAACAUGGUGUCUUUCUCCUCUUGUCUUCGGGCCUUAGCCCUCGGAUCCUCAGUUCUCGCGGUCCAACCUAUCCUUAGACAGGAGCCAGGUCUAGAUACCUGGCUGAACACCGAAGCAAAGUUUUCUCGUCAGGCCAUCCUGAAUAAUAUCGGUGCAGAUGGCCAGUCGGUGCAGGGCGCAAGUCCAGGGGUGGUGAUUGCAAGCCCGAGCAAAAGUGACCCAGAUUAUUUCUAUACCUGGACCCGUGACUCGGGUCUCGUCAUGAAAACCCUGGUCGAUCUGUUCAGAGGCGGAGAUGCUGAUCUUCUCCCUAUUAUCGAGGAGUUUAUUAGCUCCCAGGCUCGGAUCCAAGGCAUUUCCAACCCUUCUGGUGCUCUUUCCAGUGGGGGUCUGGGCGAACCUAAGUUCAAUGCCGACGAGACGGCAUUCACAGGCGCAUGGGGUCGGCCGCAGCGUGACGGGCCAGCUUUGCGAGCGACCGCUAUGAUCUCGUUUGGUCAAUGGCUAGUGGAAAAUGGCCAUAAAAGCAUAGCGACAGACCUGGUAUGGCCUGUCGUCAGGAAUGAUCUAUCCUAUGUGGCUCAGUAUUGGAGCCAAUCCGGGUUCGACCUCUGGGAGGAGGUUCAAGGAACAUCAUUCUUUACUGUCGCGGUUUCUCAUCGCGCUUUGGUAGAAGGCAGCAGCUUCGCAAAGACCGUCGGUUCCUCGUGCCCCUACUGUGACUCGCAAGCGCCCCAAGUCCGAUGUUAUUUACAAUCCUUCUGGACCGGGAGUUACAUUCAGGCUAACUUUGGUGGCGGUCGAUCGGGCAAAGAUAUCAACACUGUCCUAGGUAGUAUCCACACGUUUGAUCCCCAAGCAAAGUGUGAUGAUGCUACCUUCCAGCCCUGUUCAGCGCGAGCCUUAGCCAACCAUAAGGUGGUAACGGACUCGUUCCGCUCGAUCUAUUCCAUUAAUUCCGGUCGCGCUGAGAAUCAAGCUGUUGCUGUUGGUCGCUACCCCGAAGACAGCUAUUACAGUGGGAAUCCCUGGUUCCUGACUACUCUGGCCGCUGCAGAGCAGUUGUAUGACGCGUUGUACCAGUGGGAUCAAAUUGGAUCGUUGGCCAUCACGGACGUUUCUCUGCCAUUUUUCAAAGCUCUAUACGGUUCUGCCGCGACAGGGACCUACGCAUCGUCCACGACGGUGUAUAAAGAUAUAGUCAAGGCCGUCAAAGCCUAUGCAGAUGGAUAUGUGCAGAUCGUCCAAACCUACGCCACAUCCACCGGCUCAAUGUCUGAGCAAUUUACCAAAAAGGAUGGAAGCCAGACCUCCGCCCGGGAUCUUACCUGGUCGUACGCUGCACUUCUCACGGCUCACAACCGAAGAAACGCCGUCGUUCCUGCACCAUGGGGCGAGACCGCUGCCACCAGUAUUCCGUCGGCUUGCUCCCCGACUUCCGCCUCGGGCACCUACAGCAGCGUGGUUAUCACAUCUUGGCCGACCAUUAGCGGAUACCCAGGCGCGCCAGACAGCCCCUGCCAGAAGCCGACGACUGUGUCAGUGACCUUUGAUGUGAAAGCUACUACUGUUUACGGUGAGACUAUCAAGAUUGUCGGGUCGAUCUCUCAGCUUGGGAGCUGGAAUCCUAGCAGCGCGACUGCAUUGAACGCGGACAGAUACACUACGGAUAAUCCCUUGUGGACGGGGACAAUUAACUUGCCCGCUGGACAGUCGUUCGAGUAUAAGUUCAUUCGCGUUCAGAACGGGGUGGUUACGUGGGAGAGUGACCCCAACCGGAAAUACAGUGUUCCUUCGACUUGCGGGGUGAAAAGUGCUGUGCAGAGCGAUGUUUGGCAGUGAUGAUCAUCUCGGGGUAAGGUCGAGGAAUUGACACAUGGUACUUCUGAUGUGGCACUGUCCCAUUUCGUAAAUGUGCUUUAUUUUGUGAAGUUCGAGGUCAGCGGGACCAAGGGAGGGUCACCCAUUAGUGUGUAAUAGAGACAAGAUAUAGUUAGUGUUCGAUGGAAUCUCAUGACUUAUAUGGUUUCGAAGAA